AUGUCAGAACCUCAAACACCAAGAGAUGAUCCAAAAGAACAAAAACAAUUUGAAAAAGACAAAGAGAAUAUUAAAAAAUAUGCAAAAGAAUUUACAAGAUUCUUUUCGUAUAGUAAAAAGAAACCCAAUUUUAAUGUUAUUUAUUCAUCAACAAUUAGUGGAUUUAAUAGAAAAACAUUAUAUAAGAAAAUCAUUGGAGAGAAGAAUAUAAUGUUUUAUUUUGAAACUGUUCAAGGAGACAUAUUUGGUAGUUAUAAUGAAUUAAUAGUACCAGAAGAGAGUAAAUAUGGAUCAACAUCAAUUAAUAAUGAUCCACAUUAUUUUAUUUUUUCAUUAAUUAAUAAAUCACAAUAUGGUGCAUUUUCUAUGUCACUUGUUAAUAAUAAAGAAAAAAAAGAACAAACAGUUAGUAUUUCUCAAUCACAUGGUCUUAUUGACGGAGUAACAAAUAUCAGUUCUGGUAUUGUAAAUGGUAUUUCAACUGGAAUUAGUUCAAGUGUUGAUUUAGUAACAACAGGAGUAACAACAGUUGCUAAUGGAGUAGCAACAGGAAUUAAUACAGUUACACAUUCAGAUAUUGUUAGUACACCAAGAGAUUCAAAAAAAGGAAGUAAAAAAAUGAGAAGUUUAUACAUUUCAUCAACAGUUAACGAUGAUUGGUUUUUAGAAACCUAUUGUGGGUUUAUUAUUAGUGGAAAUGAAGUUAUGUUUAAUAAAAGAUUAGGAAGUUAUUAUCAAUUAGAAUGUGAACCAGAAGGAUUUGAUAAAGAAGAUAGCGAAAAGGUAACAAAUUUUAUUGCACAAGCAAAAGAUAUUUUUAUUGGAGUUGGUCAACCUAAACCAGUUGAAUUAAAGAAAAUGAUAGUUAUUCAAUGGAAUUUUGAUACUAAAAAAUAA